UCUGCCUCUCGGCCAAUGGCCGGAGCACCUUCCCGCCGCCAGCCAAUGGAAGCGCGGCACUCUCCGCCGCCAGCCAAUAGGCUCGGGGGGCAGCUUGGAGUAACGCUCGGAGCGGUGGCGAUGGCCCCGGAGCGCGGCGACCGCUCGCUCCCCGCCGGUACGGAGGGUCUUCCCCGGGUUUUCCUGCAGAGCCUGCGGACUCUUUUCGAUAUCCUGGAUGAUCGGCGGCGAGGCUACGUGCACCUACAGGAGAUUGAGUCGCGCUGGCGGGGAGCGGAAGCCCAGGAGCUGCCCGCUGGGGUGAUGGAAGGGUUGCGGCAGGCGGCGCCGGCCAGCGGGUACCUCACCUUCGAGAGGUUCAUACUGGGGCUGCGGGCGGCCCUGCCUGGGACUGAGCCGCCGGUGGAGGGUGGCAGCGGCGGACAGCGGAGCGCGGAGAAGCUGCCAAGCCCUCGCUGUUCCGAGGAGCGGCGGGGGAAGAGCGCCGGACAGCGGGAACCGGGGCACGGCCAGCCCCGAGGCCGCGGUGGUGAUGCAAAGUCUGCUGGGCAGCCCCACGAAGACAGUGGCUACCCAGGGGCUGGGGACACUCGGAGGCUUCAGAGAGGCCGUGCAGAGCACCGGAGACACACCAUCACCAAUGGCAUGGACUUCAGCAUACUGAAGUACAUGAAGGAGCUGGAACAAGAGAAGGAUUUCCUGUUGCAGGGCCUGGAGCUUAUAGACCGGGCUCGAGAGUGGUACCACCAGCACAUCCAGCUCAUGCAGGAGCACCAACGGCUCCUGGGGAAGAAGAGAACCAAUGCUGAUUUCCCUGAAGGUGGCCAGAGUCACCUGGGGCACCUGGUCCCCAAGCUCCAGGAGGUGAACCGCUGCCUGGGUGACCUUCUUUCCACUGCCAGCAAGACAGCAAACCCCUCCUCAGCACUGAGCAGGUUGGUCCCUGUGACAUCCCCAGCCUCCACAGGCUCCCAGAAAGCCAUCAACAUGCUGAAAGAGCAGAAUCAGCUUCUCACCAAGGAGGUGACUGACAAGAGCGAGCGCAUCACCCAGUUGGAGCAGGAGAAAUCUGCCCUGAUCAAGCAGCUCUUCGAGGCUCGUGCCCACAACAACCAUGAGAUGAGCCAGCUGGACUCCACCUUCAUCUAGUACAUGCUUCCUCCCCUGCCCCAUCCCCAAGCUUACCUGGGGGUUCCAAGGGACUUUUGUCCCAAAUUCAUCACACCUGCUGCUCCAGGUGUUGUGUCUCAAGGUCUGGGGCUGCUGGUGGCACCUCUGUGUGAGGAAGGCAGGACCCCUCUUGGGGAGCAUCCCUGCCCUGCUGAUGGCUUAUCAGCCAUGCUGCUCCUUUCCUGGUUCUAAGUGGGCUGAAGGGAUGCUGUCCCCAGUCCUGUGACCCCCAGCAUGCAGAAGACAUGGCUGCUGUCUGGCUGCCUGUGUGGGGUGAGCUGCUGUGGUCUUGCUGAUUUAGGCUGGAUUUUGGGUGCUCUUGGGAAAAAGUGAUGUGUCUUCAACACUCUAGCCAGCAUCUCCAGACAAGCCUGGCCCUUAGAGGGAGCUGGCUCCUGCUUGUGUUGCUGUUGGAAGACAAGAUUGGAAGUCCAAGGAGGCAUACCUGGCCCCUCUCCGCUGCCCAUGUUCUGCCUGCCCGAGGUACUGUCCUGGCUCUGUAGUGCCCAAACUGGUGGUCCUCAUGGCAACCGCUCUGUUGUGUUUGUGGUAGUGAUACCAGAGUUGCUGUUUACAUGUCUGUAGGCUCCUGUAGGGAAUGAGCCAUAGACCCAGCCAAGAUAGCCUACACCUCUGAGCUGCUGUUUUGGGCUGUUGACAAGUUGAGACAGAUACCUUACUCUUUACUUGGCUUUACCUGGCAAAUACUUCCUGAUAUCUGCCAGAAUUAGAUUAUUUGCAUGAUGACUGUGAAAGGAGAAAUGAUGUUCCAUAGCCUGAGGAUGCUCACAUCAGCCUGACCUCACAGAGGGACUUUAGAACGUGGUUUUGUAUUUAACUGAGUUUGGGACAGAGCAGAGGCUGACAGGCUUUUCUCUGUGCACAUCUCCACAUGGAGAAAUGGCAGCUCUGCCUCACAUGAUUGUAGAGGCUACUGCCAGGGAUGACAUCCUGACUGUGAGCUGCACUCCUCUGCAGGUGUCUUGAGGGGUGGUGGUGGUUCAAGAUGGGUCCUAUUAGAUGGUACAUCUCAGGGCUCCUCCUGCUUCCCACCCAGCUCAGUGAUGAUGCUUGAGCUGAAUGACAUUUGACUGUGGCUUGGUACUUGGUAUCUGUGGUACUUUCAUUGGAGAUCUCAUUUAGCACAGCCUGGCCCUCUGUAUCCCCAAGUCCAGGACCUUUCUAUCUGGUGUUGUUUCAUGGUCUGACUCUCCAGGCAUGGUAUUGGGCACUGAACUGUGCUGGGCAGAAGGUGCUGGCUCUGCCCUGAGCUGACACAUGCAGGCCAAUUCUGUUCUCACUUCUGUUCUUAUCUGUCAGGACUCUCUGUCCCAUCCAGCUGUUCUCUUUGAGACUGAUCCUGGACUAAAGCUCUCUGCAAGGCAUGAAUCCCUGGUCUGCCCUGUGCCUGGGGAUCCACAGAGUAGCAGGGAGAUGGUGGAGGAGGGGCAGCAAGGCCAUGACUAGUCAUGUCCUCUGUCUGCAGCGGUGUUGGAUGUCAGUUGUCCCCUGGGCAUCACUGCCUGCCAUCCUUUUUGUGAUGCCUCCUCUAGUGUCCAGUGCCUGUUUUGCCUGAGGUUAAUUAGAAAUUACCCUUUUUAUGAGGGUUACCUGUCUGUAGGGAUAAUAAAGUGGGGUGACCUAUUUAAUUUAUAAUUUUGUCUCUUCCCUAAAUCACCCCAUCUACUGCUGUCAGCCCUGAAGUCCCUGCCUGUCCUGUCUCUCAGAAUGCAGGGGGGGCUGAAGCUGCAAUCUGAUGAGCAAAGAGCCCAGAGGUCUCUGCACCUGGACAUAUUUCCAUGUCCUUUCCCAUCACCUCUAGGCUUCCCAGGGACUGGGGAUACCCUGUCCUCUGCUGUGGGGCUGUGUCUUAAAGCCACCUGCACCCCUUCCAAGUGCUGUAGCCUCAUCUAUCUACUCCUCCAGAAGCUGUGCUUGGGGCUCACUGCUCAGGCAGUGCUGGUGCAAUUCACAACCUCUUAUUUACUUUUAAGUACCCUUUCUCAGAGCUGGCCCACAGUGGUGACAACAGUGGCUGGUCCUCUGCAGUGACUCCUUCCCACAGGGUCAGCCACUGGGGACCUCAGUGGAAUGGCAUGUGUGGCACAUGUCCCUCUGCCCUGUGCUGAGGUGGCAACUCACAUAGGAUGAACCUGAGGCUCUGCACUGAUUGGGGCACCCUCCUUUCCCAGGCUGUGGGGUGAGCCCUGCACCCUGCAGAGGCUGAUCCUCUCCUGCAGGGAGCAGAGCCAAGAGGAAGACCCCAGUCCACUUACUGGCAGCUGGCAAAGGAAUCUCUGCCAUGGCCUCUUGCAGGUGCUGCUUAGGGCAGCCACUAGUUCCAGCUGGGGCAGGAAGAGGGUUGGUAACUGCCCUUGGUUCCCAUUUCAUGCCUUUGCUUGGGUGUGGAGCCCAUGAGGGCUUCCAAAGAAAAAGAAAGUCAUGGUUCCCUUGCCAGACUGCUUCAGGGCAGCUCUCUGUGCCACAGCCCAGGGGGGUUGUCCUUGUUAUGGGUAAUAAACAUAAUUUGCGCCA